AUGCAUAAAACUCACAGGAAUCUGCAGAAUGAGCUUCCUGAAGACUUCUUCAUCCCCCUUCCCUUGGACACGGACAACAUCACCUCUCUGAGUCCUUUCCUUGUGCCCCAAACCCACCUGGGAGGGUCGGGGAUCUUCAUGAGCCUGGCGGCCUUCAUGUUCCUCCUCAUAACCCUGGGCUUCCCUAUCAAUCUGCUCACCGUCAUCUGCACCAUCAAGUACAAGAAGCUGCGCUCCCACCUCAACUACAUCCUGGUGAACCUGGCCGUCUCCAACAUGUUGGUGGUCUGCGUGGGCUCCGCCACCGCCUUCUACAGCUUCGCCCACAUGUACUUCGUCCUGGGCCCGACUGCCUGCAAAAUCGAGGGCUUUGCGGCCACGCUGGGGGGGAUGGUGAGCCUUUGGUCCUUGGCGGUGAUCGCGUUUGAGAGGUUCUUGGUCAUUUGCAAACCCCUGGGAAAUCUGUCCUUCCGGGGCACUCACGCUAUCUUCGGCUGUGCCGCCACUUGGGUGUUCGGGCUAGCCGCGUCCCUGCCGCCCCUGUUUGGCUGGAGCAGGUACAUUCCCGAAGGUCUCCAGUGUUCCUGCGGUCCUGACUGGUACACGACCAACAACAAGUGGAACAAUGAAUCCUACGUGAUCUUCCUCUUCUCAUUCUGCUUUGGGGUCCCCUUAUCCAUCAUCAUCUUCUCCUACGGACGCCUCCUCCUCACCCUCCGGGCUGUGGCUAAGCAGCAGGAGCAAUCGGCCACUACCCAGAAGGCAGAGAGGGAGGUGACCAAGAUGGUGAUCGUCAUGGUAUUGGGAUUUCUGGUAUGCUGGCUGCCGUAUGCCUCCUUCUCCCUUUGGGUGGUCACCAACCAGGGCCAGGUCUUUGACCUGCGCAUGGCUUCCAUCCCCUCCGUCUUCUCCAAGGCCUCCACCAUCUACAAUCCCAUCAUCUACGUCUUCAUGAACAAGCAGUUUCGCUCCUGCAUGCUCAAGCUCGUCUUCUGUGGGAAGAGCCCCUUUGGGGAUGAGGACGAAAUCUCAGGCAGCUCUCAGGCCACGCAGGUCUCCUCUGUCUCCUCCAGCCAGGUCUCCCCGGCAUAG